UUUUCUUUCUUUUACUAUAUAUGAAUCACACACAGAUCAUGCACUUGGAAAUCUAAAUUCAUUGAAUUGAUUCAUUCAUUCAUCAUAGUAUAACCAAACAAACAAAUGCCUCUGACCGAUUUUUGAGUCACAAAAUCUGCAGUGGUUUAUUGUUUGGUGUUUACCGCGUUCCACACACUCCUCUUUAAAGCUCACACUACACUAUAAAUUAGGAACAAAAUCAUAUUUCCAUUUCAGUUACUCCUAUUUUUCUUCAUUCAAAAUCAUGUUCUUUCAAGUCAUUGCCAGCCACAAACAAACAAAACUCUCUGAUUCUUGCUCAUGACCCGCCGUUAGACCCUCAAACUAAUUAAACUCCUUUUAUUAUUAUUAUUAUUGUACGUUAUAAUAUAUGUGGGUUGAGAAACGCUUUGUUUUGUUUUGGUUUUCAAUUUGUUGUUAUUAUUGAAUUUUGGAUCUGAAUGAAUAUGUCAAUUGAUGCUCAUUUCCUUCAGGUGAACCAAAACAUGCCAACUCUUCAUUCUGAUCAUGUCUAUGCCAACACUAAGUAUAACAACAAUCAACAGAGCGACGAGGUUGAUCGCUUUUUAAUAUCACAGAACGAGAAAUUGAGACUAUUGUUGCAAGAGCAGCGAAGGACAAUAUUGAAGAAGGUAGAAUAUGAUGUGUUUCAUAUACUAAGACAAAAGGAUGAACAAAUUGCACAAGCGACGAAGAAAAGGAUGGAGUUGGAACAAUUUUUGACAAGACUAGAGACAGAGAAUCAAUCAUGGCGGAGAGCUGCACAUGAAAAUGAAGCUAUGGUGUUAUCGCUCAAUAACGCCUUAGAAUCUAUCAAAGAAAUUAGAGCAUUGGUAGUAGAAGAUGUAGAGUCAUGUUGUGAUCAAGAAACUACCGGGCUGAACAUGAUUUGCAAAUGUUGUCAUUCAAGGAUGUCGUCUUUUAUGUUCCUUCCUUGCAGGCAUCUUUGUUCGUGUAAAGCGUGUGAACCUUCUCUCCAAGCAUGUCCUGUGUGCCUCAUGCCAAAGAGAUCUACUAUAGAGACUCUCUUUCUCUAGGAUCAUGUAGUUCUAGUAAAUUUACUUACUUAAUGACAAGGACAAUGAUCAAUUUCAACUUGAUUGAGAGUUUCUCUCUUCAACUUCGGCUACUAUAGAGAAUGAGCAAUUUUAACCUUUUUUUUU